AUAUUGAACAAGAUGAGCGUGGGGAAAAUUUUAACAUGGAUAUCGUGUUCUAUGGUCGUGAGCGAGUGCCACAUUCGAAAGGGACGUGACGAGGAUGGCUCUAAGUUAAUACGUAUCAACGCUGACGUAAUUCUUGGCGGGAUCUUUCCUAUGCACGAACAGGUGUCAAGUUCCAUCGGUCAAUCGCCAUGCGGCGCGGUGAAAGAAGAAAAGGGAAUGCAACGUUUGGAGGCUAUGUUGUACGCCCUCGACGAAAUAAACUCGGAUAAAGAGUUACUGCCAAACACCACGUUAGGCGCGCUUAUCCUCGACUCCUGUAGCAGCGACACGUACGCACUUGACCAAAGUAUGGAAUUCGUUAGAUCGUACAUGAAUCAAGAUAUAUCGGAAUACAAAUGCGAAAAUGACAAACCACCGAUAUAUGUGCCCCAUAAACCUGUCACCGGCGUUAUAGGAGCUUCCUUCAGCGUAGUCUCUAUUAUGGUAGCCAAUAUUCUCCGAUUGUUCAAGAUACCGCAAAUAAGCUACGCAUCGACGAGCACAGAACUGUCGGAUAAAAGUCGCUUCGAAUAUUUUAGCAGAGUGGUGCCGCCAGAUAAUUUCCAAGCUCAGGCCAUGGUGGAAAUCAUUCAUCAACUCGGUUGGAAAUACGUGUCUACGGUUGCAGUUGAAGGUGAUUACGGAGAGAAGGGCAUUGCUAGUUUUAUCUCACUGUCGACGGAAUACGGUGUCUGCGUAGCAGUGAGCGAGAAGAUCCUGAGGAACGCGAAAACCGAAGAUUUCGAUAAAAUUGUCGAACGACUCAGCUCGAAACACAAUGCCAGAGGUGUGGUAUUAUUCGUCGAUGAAGAUAACAUAAGGAAACUUCUGCAGGCAAGUGUUAGAGCCAAUCGUACAGGCCAUUUCAUGUGGAUAGGCAGUGAUUCAUGGGGUGCUAAAGUAUAUCCAGUGAGAGAUCAAGAAUUCGCGGCGGAAAGUGCAAUCACGAUCUUGCCUUAUAGAACAUCCCUCGAGGGUUUCGACGAGUAUUAUUUAAAUCUUCGACCAAGAAUGGACAACGAAUGCGACGGCCAAACUGAGGAUAAUGUGCCGCAUAAAAACUUACCCGGGAAAAUAGUGAAUUGUCGGAAUGUUUGGUUCCGAGAAUUUUGGUCCCAGCAUCAUAAAUGCAGUUUCGGUACAAAUUUAUCCGUUGCCACGACAGCCUGCACCGGCGAGGAGGAGUUGAUUGAUUACGAGCAAGAAGGAUUGGUGCCAUUUGUCGUUGAUGCAGUUUAUGCGAUGGCAUACGGUGUUCAUAACUUGAUAAACGAAGAAUGCAUGAAUAUUGCCAAUACUAGUCAUCAUUUGUGCGAAGACCUUCGUCCAGCACCAGAUGGUCAGCAACUUCUUCAGCACAUUCGAAAUGUUAGUUUCAUCGGUCGUCAGGGUACUGAAAUUAAAUUUAAAUCUGAUGGCGAUGCGUAUGGAUUUUACAAUAUCUAUCAAUAUCAAAAGAAAGAAGAUGGCCGUUUUGAUUAUGUGCUUAUUGGCUCAUGGAGAGAGGAGUUGGAUCUUAAUAUUAACAUGACGAGAUGGACAGCAGGACCUGGAGAAAUGCAUAUCCCUCGAAGUUUAUGCAGCGACAAUUGUCCCCUAGGUCAUGUACGCAAUUUUCAGGAAGCAUGUUGUUGGAGCUGUGUGGCAUGUCGCGAAGACGCGUACGUUUUCAACGACACUUGUCGCAGCUGCGGUCCAGGAUAUGCACCGGACGAGACAAUGACAAGUUGCAUGAAACUAACAGCGGAAGUUAUACCAUGGACCAGUCCAUGGGCAUUGGUACCAUUAAUAUUUGCAUCCAUUGGCAUACUCAGCACUCUAUUUACAACUGUUGUCUUCGUUCGCUUCAACCGUACACCAGUAAUUAUGGCAUCUGGACGCGAAUUGUGUUACGUAUUGUUAGUAGGGAUUCUAUCGUGUUAUGGUAUGAGUUUCGUGAUAUUAAGCAAGCCAACUACAUGGAACUGCACGUAUUUGAGAAUCGGCCUCGGCUUGUGCUUGAGCAUUUGUUACAGCGCGAUACUAACUAAGACGAAUCGGAUAUCGCGCAUCUUCAAUCAAGGAACAAAAAGUAUAAAGAGACCUUCUUACACAUCCCCGAAGAGUCAAGUUGUAAUCGCUAUCGGGAUCACUGCAGUGCAAUUAGUUGGUGUUAUCGUCUGGCUAAUCAUUGAACCACCGGAUACCACGGAAAUUCAUCCAUAUCCAUUGUCAGCAGUACUCACAUGCCGUGUUUCCACGUUCUCCUUAAUGAUGUCUCUCGUCUACAACAUGUUCCUAAUACUCAUGUGCACACUGUACGCGUUCAAAACACGUAAGAUACCGGAGAAUUUCAACGAAGCAAAGUACAUUGGUUUUACAAUGUAUUCAACGUGCAUUGUAUGGUUAGCUUUCGUACCCAUCUACUUUGGCUCAAACAAUGACUAUAAGGUACAAAUAGCAAGCAUGUGCAUGUGCAUCAACAUCUCUGCGUCAGUAGCUCUCGGUUGUCUCUUCACGCCGAAAGUAUAUUUGGUACUUUUUCAACCGUAUAAAAAUACGGGUGUACUUCAAAGUGGUAACCGUGCAGCGUACAGCAUGCGAUUUUCUGGCGGUCGUAGUCAAACAAUGCAGAGCAUGACCUCCUGUUCUCGGAGCAGUCCACCGGCACCACGUCCAAGCCAGGACGAGGUGAAACAUGCCAACGGUGAGACACAAGCACUGGCGAGCCCGUCUGUCGAGGAGACCUCGGUCUCUCUCAUACACGUCCCUCCCUGUGUAGAGUGUCAGGCCAGAAUUCAUGAGACCACCGUGGAGAUAUACGACGACGAUGAAGAGGACCGUAAGCUCUCGACUAUCCAGGAAGUGUCAGAAUCAAGAGACAUUUCCAGUCCUUCGAUGUUCGCGGAUAAUUGCCGAAAUCGAAGUCGGAAGUCGAUUUCCAGCGAUUCUGACCAGUCGGGCGAUCCAGUACGUAAAAAUCGCACGGGAACAAUCAGUUGCAUCUCCGACAAAGUGGCGUCUUAUAAAUCGGAAGCUAACGUUUUUCCCAGCGAAGAUCAAACUUUCCACGUCUACAGCGACUCACCGACGUUUUCCGAUUUUUCAUCGAAAAUCAAAUACCUUUUAUAUAAUGAAAUUUUGUAUUCUAAUUUAUUCAACUUGUUCUUCCAGUUGUCGAUUUUCUUUCCAGUAUUUCUGGGCAGAAUUUAUCAUUUCAAAUCUUGA